AUGGACGGCGAGGGCGUGUGUGCCGUGGUGGAAACGGUAUUCAUAUGGCGUGCCGUCAACUACUUUAUUGACAUGCUUUGCUGUGGUGGCGGAGGCAAUUGUGGCAGGGGCUGUGGUGGAUGUGGUGGAUGCGGCGGAUGCGGUCGCCACCACGGCUCGGCUCAAGCGCCCGCCUCCAUGCCUCCGUACGGCCCGCCAUCAGGAGGCUAUGCUCCCUACGGCCAGCCGCCAUAUGGCCAGCCCCCGUAUGGCCAGCCCCCGUAUGGCCAGCCACCCUACGGCUAUCCCCCGCAUGGCCAGCCUCCGUAUGGCUACCCGCCGUACGGCCCGCCUCCGCAGGGCCAGGCGCCGUAUCCACCGCCGGGCCAAAAUGCGCCAGGUGGCCCAGCCAAGGAUUCCGAGAAAAUCCUCGGAAGCGCGAACGUACACGAGUUUGACGAUAAUAACAAAAAUGCACAGAAUCCCCAUUAUAAAGAGCUGCGCCGUCGGGCGCAGUCCGAGGGCAGCAAAAUGGCGCAUGCCUUUGACGCGUCGAAAAAGGCGUAUGCGAGUGGCCAGGGUGCGCGAGCGAAGGAGCUGAGUGAGGAAGGACACCGGCACCAGACAGAGAUGGAGCGCCUCAACACCGAGGCACGGCAGUGGAUCUUUGCGGCGAACAAUGCAGAUAGCCCGCCGGACACGCUCGACCUGCAUGGUCUCUACGUCAAAGAGGCCCUAAGCAAGGUCGAGGAGGCCGUGCAAAAGGCACAGCAGCAGAACUACCCGCAGCUCAAGCUCAUUGUCGGCAAGGGGAUCCACUCCCGUGACCAUGUGUCGCAUGUCAAGCCUGCUGUGCAGCGUUUGCUGUCCCACUACCACCUCGACGCACACGUGGAUCAGGACAACACGGGCAUCGUGGUUGUCAAUCUGCGUGGGCCUCCGGGUGGUGGAUCGACCGACUUCACUCACGCCAUGGCUCGUGGCGCCUCGGGCAACGAGCACGAGUGCCUCAUCAUGUAG